CGCCUCUUCCUUUCCGCCGCCGGGAUUUGAGGAGCUCUCGCGAGACUUAGCCCUCUUCCCAGGCCGGCGCUCACCGAGAAGGCCAUGUUCAGCUCGAGCGCGAAGAUCGUGAAGCCCAAUGGCGAGAAGCCGGACGAGUUCGAGUCCGGCAUCUCCCAGGCUCUCCUGGAGCUGGAGAUGAACUCGGACCUCAAGGCCCAGCUUCGCGAGCUGAAUAUAACAGCAGCCAAGGAAAUUGAAGUUGGUGGUGGUCGGAAAGCUAUUAUAAUCUUUGUUCCUGUUCCUCAACUGAAAUCCUUCCAGAAAAUCCAAGUGCGGCUAGUACGUGAAUUGGAGAAAAAGUUCAGUGGGAAGCACGUGGUCUUCAUCGCUCAGAGGAGAAUUCUGCCUAAGCCAACUCGAAAAAGCCGUACGAAAAAUAAGCAAAAGCGUCCCAGGAGCCGCACUCUGACCGCCGUGCACGAUGCUAUCCUGGAGGACUUGGUUUUCCCGAGUGAGAUCGUGGGCAAGAGAAUCCGCGUGAAACUGGACGGCAGCCGGCUCAUAAAGGUCCACCUGGACAAAGCCCAGCAGAACAACGUGGAGCACAAGGUUGAAACCUUUUCUGGUGUCUAUAAGAAGCUCACGGGCAAGGAUGUUAAUUUUGAAUUCCCAGAAUUUCAGUUGUAAACAAAAAUGACUAAAUAAAACAUUCACAAUAUUC